ACAUCGCUGUCAGGAAUGAUGGAUCAAAGGCGACAGUCGACGUCGUCCACAGUAGGCAAUUCUAGUGUGAGCGUUGACGAGGAAUUGCAGCGGGCCUUCAGACGUGGAUCAGGUGCAUCAGGGAGUGGCGGUGGAGCCUCAUUAGGCGCCAACCUGAACCAAGUGCUGCAACCCCGAUAUCAAACUCAGCAGUAUUUUGGGGGAUGGACUUCAAAGUCAAGGAAGAGGACCACUGGCACUGUCCAAAAUCACCCCACCUUCACCAAGGAUGUAAUUCUGUUACCUCAUCCAGAAUGGGAUGCAGUUUGUAAGCACAAAACAAAGAGAAGGCUUCAUCAAAAAGGCUUUAUUUUAAAUGCCUUCGAGAUGAAGAAAAUCUGGGACUGCAGGACAGUCAUUGCUGAGCUAAGGGAAGCAUUCAAGGACAACAUUCCAGAGGGAGUCAGUAUUGAACUUUUGAUGCCAUGUGGAAACAAACUUGUUUCACCAAAGCUGCGUGAGGGACAGGAACUGAAUGGCUUUCUAAUUCACAAAGUGUUUAAGUCAAAGGCAGUGUACAUCAGGCCAUCAAGCAUGCUUCAAAAUACGGUGUCAGAAUGUUCUUCUUUGAAUGACCUCUUACACACCACAGAACCACUCCAAGAUUUUCUUGCAAAUGCAGGGUGUCUCAGGCCUUUGAAAUCCAUAGAAGACAGAGACCUGUUGGUCCAAGACAUUACCAUGUUCCAGGUGGUCCACAGAGUUGCAGGAGCAUUUGAAAGAUUUAAGGAGGGGCUAAAGGUCCUUGGCGUUCUAGAUGCAAUUCAAAUGCAUCCAGAAAGUUUCCGGCCUUUGAUGUGCCACGAACCAUCGGCUCUCACUGCUGACGUAAUGGACCAUCUAUUCCAUAUCCUGCUGUCUGAAGUGGGAAGCAACAAAAGAAGGACAGAGGAAGUUGUGGUUCCCUUUUGGAGGGAUUACCUGCAGGAUGUGGAAGAUCAAGAGGGACCACCAAAGUUAGGGAAAAUCCUUGCCUUUGCAACAGGUGCAAGUGUCAUCCCUCCAGUUGGCUUCUCUCCUCAGCCAUCAAUUGAUUUCCUGCAUGGGCAUCCCUCCAGCCCCAAACAGCGUCUGCCCAUGGCGAACACUUGCAUAAACUGCCUGAAGUUGCCGCUGCUUGAGACUUAUGAUGAUUUUAAAGAGUGCAUGGACUUUGCACUAGGUAACACACAGGGUUUUGGAAGAGAGUAAUGGGAACAUUAUGUUCGUUCCAUCUACCUCGUUCAGGAGGUUUCAGCCAGGUUCUUGAAGCAAUGUGAACAACAAUUUUUGUUUUUAAUUUUAGCGAAGUGCAAAAAAACAUUAUUCUUUAAAAGUCACUUUUAUUAUUUAUCAACCAUUGUAUAUUGCUUUAUUAGUGCUGACUGAGUAACUGGGCACAUCAUUAAGGUAUUAUGGCCCAGUGGUGCAACAAAUCACAUAAAUAUAUAACUUACUUUCAGUCUGUUUAAAAAAAACAAACAGUGCUUGUUUUGUUACUUUAAGUGUGAACCAUUUCCAGUGUUUACUGUUCAUUAAGAACAUUCACCAGAACUAAAAAAAAUGAUAUGCCGUGAUUACCAUCAUCACUCAAAGGGUCAAAUAGUUCUUCAAUUCUGUUCAUCAUGGUUUGAUUAACAUUAAAGUCAUUUACCGGAACCACAA